AGCUGCGCGAUCGCGAUAUCUGAACCUCAAACUCCUUCGUCUCUCUGAACUCUCCUAUGCGACCUGGAAGCGAACGUAACAAUUGGCCAGAGAUGGAUAUUCUGACUGUUUUGCCCUCCAAUUUUGGAUAUGUCAUAUUCACCUACCUAUACAGUUGGAUUAUGCUGUCUUAUUUAGCUGUAAAAGUUGGAGCUGCCCGGAAGAAGUAUGACGUUAAGUAUCCAACCAUGUACAGUGACAAGGCUCAAGUGUUCAACUGUAUCCAGAGGGCCCAUCAGAACACUCUUGAGGUGUAUCCUCAGUGGCUUGUUUUCCAGACCAUCGCAGCCCUCGUCUUCCCGUUAACAGCAUCAGUGCUGGGUGCCAUUUGGGUGACAAGCAGGCUUUCCUAUGCCUGGGGCUAUUACACUGGAGAGCCCGCUAAGAGAAUGAACGGUGCCUAUGGCUACAUUGGAUACCUUGGAGUUAUCUGUCUGUCCAUAUAUGUAGGCUUGCAAUUGCUUGGAGUUUUUUAAGAUCAUUUUCAGAAAGAAAAAAAAAAAAAAGAUUGCGCUCAUCUUUUCCAGUAUGACUGAUAAUAUUACUCAAUUAUACAAAAUAGCAUGUUGCUUUGACAUGUAGCAGCCUCACCUUACUUUCCAGCAUUAAGCUAGUACAACUGAUACUGAAAAUACAUAUCAUCGUCUAAUGAAAAUACACUGUUUUGAUUUGGACUGACCACAUAAUUACUUUAGGUUUUAUCCAAGGUUCUCGCCUGUAUUUUACUAAUAAAUACAUCUUAAAAAACUGGUUGCCCUGUUGCUUGUGAAUAUAGUCAUUUAUCAUUGUAUUGUCAGGACAUUGAAUCGAUCGCAACUAUCCUGUUUGCAUUAACUUAGAAGUUAGAAGAAGUUCGAUUUUGCCUCUCAUCUGCGCAGGCUUCAUCAGUUCAUGCUCAAAGACUACUAAUGGUAUGGUCUGAAGCACUUAGUUUACCUUAUUUGUUGUUUUUUUUUGUUGAUGUUUUUUUCUUUGCUCAUAGAAUUCCUGCAACUUGCAAGGGUAUGUUCACUGUCUGUCUUAUUGAUGGGGGGGGUGCGAAAACUGAACAGUUGCUUUGUCCACAAUAACUUGGCUCGGGCAGGGAUUCCCCACCAGGGUGCUGUAGUAUCCUAGUGGGCCAUGAGAGAUCAUCAGGGGUGCUAUGGGAAAUUAUCCAAAUUCAGUUAAUUUGUCAAAAAAAUAUUCAUUACGAAUACAUCUUUGUUUAUCAAUCUAUCCCAGUGACGUGUAAAGGCAGAAGAAUGAAAUGGACUCUGUACUUCCAUUAGAUGGCACAAGGCACAAUUAACCUGUGUAUUCACUUGUUGCCUUGCAAGUGGAUACACAGAUGUGUGAGUGCAGCUUUGUGUUCAAUUAAACAUGGCAAGAUUUCACAGAAUAAAUACAUCUUUGAGUAAAUUGAGA